CCCUUUUAUUUUAUUUUUUUUCACCCUCUAUUGUGUAAGAAAGCCUUAUUUAUUUAUUUUUUUUAAAAGCGGAAUGAACAAUACAAGUGCUUCUGGUGUGGACUUGACGCUGAAUUCACUUACCAAAGAGAAACUAAAUAUUAUUUUGCAGCGAGCAAAGCAACUUCAAGCAGCAGGUGAAAAAGAAGAUGGCAAAAAUGAGUUUUCUCAAUUGAUGAAUCUAUUACGUCUACUUCAACAACAGCAACAGAGUCAAGUAUUGCAGCAACAUCAAGCACUGCAGCAACAUCAAGCGCUGCAACAAAAACCAGUUGUCAAAAAUGAACCACAACCACAGCUACAACAGUUACAACAACAACAGCAACAGCUACAACUUCAGUUACUUCAACAACACUUGCUACAACAAGCCAAUCACACUACGAGUCCUUCAUCGUCGAUACCAACUACACCCACUGGCAAUCUUCAAUACCAAAUGCUUGCUUAUAAUCUCUUAUCCAAUCAAUCCCAUCCACCUGAAGAAAAAGAACCACCCAAAACCAUGGCAGAACGACUGGUAGAAGCCAUUUAUCAACAAGCCGUCGAAUUCAACGCCCUCAAGAAAAAGAACACUUCACCCUUAGCCAUCACACCCUUGAUCACCAAGAACAAGGACAAUGAUCUUGUGAGUGCCUUUGACCUUUUGUCAGGCCAGCAACGAUCCCAUGCGCAUUCUUCAAGACAACAACGCUUACUCUUGCCAGAAAUUGCACCUAAGGGAUUGGAUCCUCACACUGUCUUGUCUGAACGACAAAAACGGAUUGAUCAGCGUGUUGAAGCACGUAUGGCUGAAUUAGAAGCCCAUAUGGAUGACGAGCAGCAACGACAGCCCUUGGGAUAUCUUUUAGCUGAAUACUAUCAAGAUACAGUCAAGACAGCUUCACCUGAUCGAUUGGCUACGAUUGUUCAAUUCAAAUCCCUUCAGUUACGUGAUAAACAAGCCAAGUUACGAGAAGAGAUUGUGAAAAACAUGGAAGAAGCCAAUCGACUGGCCAAUUCAGUUGACCGUACUUCUUAUCGUAAAAUCAUGAAAAAGACAUUACGUGAAGCCAAACUGACAGAAAAGCUGGAGAAGCAACAACGGCUGGAUCGAGAGAAAAAAGAAAAGCAACGUCAUUUGGAUUAUCUGCAGAGUGUAUGUAAUCAAGGUCGUGAUCUGAUUGGGUGGCAUAAAGCACAUCAGGCAAGGAUGGGUAAGCUAGGUAAAGCCAUUCUUCAGUUCCAUGCCCACAUCGAUAAAGAAGAGCAACGCAAGGCAGACAAAAGAUCCAAAGACCGUAUUCGUGCAUUACGUAAUGACGAUGAAGAAGCCUAUAUGAAACUAUUAGAUGAAGCUAAAGAUACUCGAUUGACCUUGUUGUUAAGACAGACAGGCACUUAUUUAGAGUCCUUGACAAAGGCAGUGGUUGAUCAACAGACAGAGAACAUGAACCUUGAUGACAGUCUAGAAGACAGAGAAGAGAUGGACGAAGAAAUGAUGUUGAUGGAUUCCAAUGGCAAGAAAGUAGACUAUUAUCGCAUGGCACAUCGUAUUCAAGAAAGAGUCUCUCAGCCUAGUAUUUUGACAGGUGGCCAAUUGAAAGAAUACCAAAUCAAGGGUUUACAAUGGAUGGUCUCCCUCUACAAUAACCGACUGAAUGGUAUUCUGGCUGAUGAAAUGGGUCUUGGAAAGACGAUUCAGACGAUCAGUUUGAUUACGUACCUGAUUGAAUUCAAGAAACAAAAUGGCCCUUUUCUUAUUAUUGUGCCACUCUCUACCUUGACGAAUUGGUCGCUUGAAUUUGCUAAAUGGGCUCCUUCUGUCACCAUGAUUUGCUAUAAAGGUACACCCGAUGUGCGUAAAGAGAUUCAAAAGAAACAAAUCAAGCACCGUGACUUCCAAGUGCUGUUGACCACAUUUGACUACAUCAUCAAAGACCGCCCUGUGUUAUCCAAGAUCAAAUGGCAAUACAUGAUUAUUGAUGAAGGACAUCGUAUGAAGAACACACAAUCUAAACUCACUAUGGUCUUGAGACAAUACUAUUUCUCUCGCUAUCGAUUGAUCUUGACAGGCACACCUCUUCAGAACAAUCUACCUGAAUUAUGGGCUCUUUUGAACUUUAUUUUGCCCAAAAUCUUUAAUUCAGUCAAGAGUUUUGAAGAGUGGUUUAAUACACCCUUUUCUAACCAAGGUGUACAAGACAAGGUUGAAUUGAAUGAAGAAGAACAAUUGUUGAUCAUCAAGCGUCUUCAUAAAGUAUUGCGUCCCUUUUUACUGAGACGUCUCAAAAAAGAUGUGGAAUCUGAAUUACCUGAUAAAGUUGAAACUGUCAUCAAAUGUAAACUAUCAGCACUUCAACUCAAACUAUAUUCUCAAAUGAAGAAACACGGUAUCUUGUUUGGUAGUAAUUCAAGCAAUGGUAAAACAAGCAUUAAGGGUCUAAAUAAUGCUAUUAUGCAACUUCGCAAGAUAUGUAAUCACCCUUUUGUGUUUGAAGAAGUAGAACGCGUGAUCAAUCCCUACAAGAUAAGCAAUGAGUUACUCUACCGUGUCUCUGGUAAAUUUGAAUUAUUGGAUCGUAUGUUGCCCAAACUUCGUUCUACGGGUCAUCGUGUGCUGGUAUUCUUUCAAAUGACACAGAUUAUGGAUAUUAUGGAAGAUUUCUGUAUUUAUCGUGGAUUUAGGCAUUUGAGAUUAGAUGGUUCAACCAAAUCAGAUGACCGAUCCAAUUUACUGCAUUUAUUUAAUGCGCCUGAUUCACCUUAUUUUAUGUUUCUACUCAGUACAAGAGCAGGUGGUCUGGGUUUGAAUUUACAGACAGCCGAUACAGUCAUCAUCUUUGACUCGGAUUGGAAUCCUCAUCAAGACCUUCAGGCACAAGACCGUGCUCAUCGUAUUGGCCAAACAAAAGAAGUCCGUAUUUUCCGUCUGAUUACAGAAAACUCGAUUGAAGAAAAUAUUCUAGCAAGAGCACAGUACAAGCUAGAUAUUGAUGGUAAAGUCAUUCAAGCAGGUAAAUUUGAUCAUCGCUCGACAGAAGAAGACCGUGAAGCCUUUUUGCGUUCUUUGUUGGAAGACAAGACAGUCACAAUAGAGACAAGAGAAGCAGAUGAAGAGAGUGAUGAGAUGGAUGAUGAAGAACUCAAUACGAUCCUAAAACGAUCUGAUCAAGAAUAUGCUAUUUUCACCAAGAUUGAUUUAGAAAGACAACGCACAGAUGCAGAAGAAUGGCGUCGUAAAUAUGGAGACAAUGGCAAGAAACCAGAAAGAUUACUUCAGGAAUGGGAAUUGCCCGAUAUUUAUCGUGAUGAGCAUAUACAUGACACAGAAGAUACCAUUGAAUCUGUGAUGGGCAGAGGACAGCGGUCUCGAGAAAAUGUACGCUAUGAUGAUGGUAUGACUGAAAAACAAUGGUUAAGACAAUUAGAGGAAGGCGAAGAAGAUGUACGAACAACAAAGCGAGCAAGACAAAACUAUUAAAGCAUGUUAUUGCCAAUGGGAGCGCUACAUUGUCAAAUCCAAUAAAGUUGAUUUAAAAUCCAUGCGCUUGAGUGAAAGAUGCCUAUUUUAUAGAUCUACAGUCAAUGCAACAUCACCCAAAAGUAAGAAACGAUCAAGCAAAAUAGCAUGGAUUAAGAAAUGAAUUAUCCUGAAAACUAAGGAGGAGGAGGAGGGGGGGGGUUUGUAGAUGAAUUAGGUUUUGAGAUUAACAUAAGGCCUUCUGGAGGGUGGCCUGCUAAGGUGUACUCUUGCUAUUACGAUCACUCCCAUCAUCAGAGCAGUUUCACAUACAGUUUUAGGUGUAAUUUUGUCGUGUCAAUAGAGCUUAGACAUCUACAGGAACACACAUCAGAAAGAUGAAAGAUAAAUUGCACAAACUGAAAAAGAAAAGCAUCAUCCAAGGUAAAGUAAAAACAAAAAUAAAAGGAG